GUAACCUCGAAUGCAGUACUGUACAGCAGAGCUACCAUAAGCAUAGGUCAGGAUCGUGUGCACUUGGAGGGAAAAGAAUUGCAGACUCUUCUUAAUCGAGGAAUGAAGUCUAAGUCUAAGCGAAGAUAAGGCAGACUAUCUUCUUAUGGGCCGCAAUACAGUACCAUCUUCCCGCGCAGGAUAAUAGAGGGACUUCCUUUGCCCCAUCUUGCUGCGCCGGUUUCCCACAGAGAGGGGGCGGCCGAGCCAGCCUAACCCAACCGGAGAGAAUGGUCGGUGGCAGCGGACGCCAUUGGGUUGCUAUGCAGUGAAUCCCGCCCUCCAAAGUCUCCGCCCUGAAAGCGGGUGACUCGGCCGGCGGUACGCAAUUCUUCCCGCUGGAUUUCCCCUCCCCGCGGGAUUGGGCUGUCCUGCACCGCUCACGCGCUCGGCUGCGGUGGCUGCUUUGGCGGGGAAGGAGGAGUUUGGGAGAAGAUGAAGGCAGCGGGCAGCAGCUGAGGCGAGGCGAGGCGCAACGGAAAGAGCAGCUCGCGGGGUUUCUUCUCCAGCAAAGGGAAUGGCUUACGCCGGGGCGGCGGGAGACGAGGAACCCACGCCCGGCACCUCCAGCCGCAGAGAGGAUGAGGGCUACGGCGGAGGCCAGGCGGCCGCGAUGCUGCGGGAAGCCCUCUCGCUGGAAGAGAUCCUCAAGCUCUACAACCAGCCCAUCAACGAGGAGCAGGCGUGGGCCGUUUGCUACCAGUGCUGCGGCUCCCUCCGCGCCGGGGGUCGCCGCGGAGAGAGCUUGAUCCGCCGAGUCGAGAGCCCUGCCGACAUCCGCAUCUGGAGAGAUGGGACCGUCACUUUGAAUGGAAGCGCCGCCGCCGCUCGAAGCUCGCCCAGAGCAGGUAAAUCUAAACAUUCACAUUUUUCUGAAACAAAGGUUAUAGAAUCACUAGGAAUUAUUAUUUAUAAAGCACUGGAUUAUGGCUUGAAAGAGAAUGAAGAGCGAGAGCUCAGCCCUCCCUUGGAGCAACUGAUUGAUCAUAUGACUAACACAGUGGAGGCAGAUGCGACCAAAGAUGAAGGCUAUGAAGCCCUGGAUGAAGUCAUAGAUGAUGAACAUCAAGGCAAUAUUGAAGUUAUACAGUCUUAUAGAGAUGUCAUGAAGCUUUGCGCUGCCCAUCUGCCAACCCAAUCAGAUGCACCAAAUCACUACCAAGCAGUAUGUCGUGCACUAUUUGCUGAAACAAUGGAGUUGUACACAUUCUUAGCCAAAAUUAAAAGUGCUAGAGAGAAUUUAAAGAAAAUACAGGAAAUGGACAAAGGAAAUGAAGAAUCUAGCACUGACCUUGAUGAAUUAAAAACUGCUGAUUGGGCCCAGUUUUGGGUUCAAGUUAUGAGAGAUUUGCGAAAUGGUGUAAAACUUAAGAAAGUUCAAGAACGUCAGUACAAUCCUCUUCCCAUAGAAUAUCAGCUCACUCCAUAUGAAAUGUUGAUGGAUGAUAUUCGAUCCAAGCGCUACACUUUAAGAAAAGUUAUGGUCAAUGGGGAUAUCCCUCCACGAUUAAAAAAGAGUGCCCAUGAAAUUAUCUUGGACUUUAUCCGGUCUCGACCACCAUUAAAUCCUGCAUCUGCAAGAAAACUGAAGCCAACACCACCACGGCCACGUAGCCUCCAUGAAAGAAUUCUGGAAGAAAUAAAAUCUGAAAGAAAACUAAGACCUGUUUCACCUGAUGAGGUCAGGCGUAGCAGGCUAGAUGUACCCACAUCAGCAGCCUCCCAAAACCUAUUAGAAAGCUGUAUAGCGAAUGGCAGUUUGGAAUCCAAAGCAAAGGUAAAUGGCCUAGGUACAACGAAAUUAACAGUGCAGCGGAAGAGACUUCUGAAAGCUCCCACUUUGGCUGAACUGGGUAGCUCAGAUUCAGAGGAGGAGUCUAUACACAAAUCAGCCAGUAGUGGUAGUGUUUCUCCCUCCCAGAUGGAAGAGGUGUUUCUGGAGACCAUAUCUAGAAAAAAGGUGCCUCCAAAAUUCUUGCCAAUAUCAUCCACACCACAGCCAGAAAGGAGACAACCACCUCAGCGACGACAUUCCAUUGAGAAGGAAACACCAACCAACGUACGGCAGUUCUUGCCCCCCACAAAACAGAGCUCCAGAUCACUUGAAAACCCCCUAAUUCUGUUGUUGUUUGGUCUUAUGAGAAUGAGGAGACUUCUUGUUCCAAGGAAGACCCUUUUUUCAACCAUACAUACAACUUCUCAUCUUAGUUCCCAUCCUUUUGAAGCAACUUUGUUUGGAAUGGCCAGAACUGUGUAUUAUCUAUGUGAAAGAGUUUUUAACCAGUGGAAAGCCUCAAAGGAAGAGUUUUGCUACCCGGUGGAAUGCCUGGCUCUCACAGUGGAAGAAGUCAUGCAUAUCCGUCAAGUGCUGGUGAAGGCAGAACUAGAGAAGUAUCAACAAUACAAAGAUGUUUAUACUGCCCUAAAGAAGGGAAAGCUCUGUUUUUGUUGUCGCACAAGAAGAUUUUCUUUCUUCACUUGGUCCUAUACUUGUCAAUUUUGUAAAAGGCCUGUAUGUUCACAGUGCUGUAAAAAAAUGCGCCUACCAUCAAAGCCAUAUUCCACCCUUCCAAUUUUUACCCUGGGGCCUUCUGCUUUACAGAAAGGAGAAAGCUUUAUGAAGCCUGAAAAAAGUCCCAUCAGCCAUCACAGGUCACUGAAGGGCAUACCAAGGUUGUCCUCAAAGUCAAAGUCUAUAGAUAAGUCAAGUGAAGAAGCAUUUUUUCCAAAAGAACUCAUGGAGGAUUGGAGCACCAUGGAAGUGUGUGUGGACUGUAAGAAGUUCAUUUCGGAAAUCAUUAAUUCAAGCCGCCGCAGCCUCUCUCUGGCUAACAAACGAGCCAGAUUAAAAAGGAAAACACAGUCAUUCUACAUGUCAUCUCCAGGCACUUCAGAAUACUGUCCUUCUGAGAGGACUAUCAAUGAAAUCUGAGUCUUGUGCCUUUUUCUUUACAGUAUUUACUCUUCAUGAGAUACUGAGAAAACUCAUCAAACCAGAGCAUCAUUCUUUCCUUUGUUUUACUUGAUCAUUUAUAUUUUUAUUAGCUUAUUGGUUUCCCUGCUUUAUAUAAUUUACAAAAAAAAUCAGAAAUUGUCCUACCCAUCAGGCCAGCGAAUACAUUUGUUUUACUGGAGAAAGCAACUAUAUUAGAUUGUUGUCUACUUGUAUAUGUUCAGUGUACAAAGAAAGUCUUUACUUGUAUUUUUCCCUAUUUAUCCCUUAAUUAUUUUUAAGAUGAGUGUCUAUGUAUGUAUAUAUAUAUGUAGAUAGAACUAAAGAAAAACUAGAUUAUGCUGUUAGUACAUUUGUAAACCAUAUUGGCAUUUGCUACCAAUUAAAUAUUAGUCAUAUUUUGUUACUUGACAUACCUAGUCCCCUAUUGUACAGAACUUGAUAUCUUAUAGCACAAGAUUAAGAAGGAUUUGUUAAUAUGCUGGAAAUGAUUGAUCAAUCCAUACCGUCUCAGUCUUAGUAUAAAAUACUGAAUAAGCUGGAAGCCUGAAUGGGUAAUUAUUUUCCUGCAGCUUCUGCUAUACUAUAAUAAAAUUAGUGUGUUCAAAAUAAUAUUUUUUUUCUCCUAUUUGGAAUGUACUCUGAAUAUCAGUGGUAGUGUUACCUGUAGCUUUUAUAAAUAAACAAAACAAAACCCUUUAUAGAUGCAGAAUGCAAUAUAAGUUUAGUUUUUAAUAUGAAUGAACUUUUGUAAACUAGUGUUCUCUGGGAAAUAAUCCUGAGAAAGUAAGAUAAAUAAUGUAUAUUUGUUUUAUAGAGCAAUACAUAAGUACUGCUAUAACCAAGACUAUGGGAGCAUGUCUAUUAUUAAUCCCAUUUUUACAGGGGUAUGUAUCUUGGCUGUAAAGAUUUUUUUCUUGAAAAAAUUUGGGACAAUGUGUCUCGGAUUAAGAAGUGUUUUUGUUUCCUAGUUUUCAAAAGGUUGGAGAAACACUGAAUGUUUUCAAGUUAAAAUACUACUGAACAUCACAUUUUUGCACUGUUUUAUAUCAGAUUUUUUAAACAAGACUGGCGCUUAGUAUGGAAUUGGAUUAUUUUUAUAUAUAUAGCAGCUCAUUUAAACUGUUUGCAGAUCAUCUAUGGAUAGGAACAAUUACUCUGGUAUGUUUUAAUGACUUAGUUUAUCUUUAGAAUCAAAAUAUGAAAUAUGAUGGCAAAAAGGUUGCAUUUUCAUUUUUAUGUUGUAAAGGGAAUGAGUGACACCUCAGUUCACUUCCGAAAUAGGCAAAAGUUUACCAACCAAUUACCAACAUUUAUUUAUGAAAUAUACUAUCAAAAUUUAUUCUAUCAUCUUAAUCCCUGACUUUUAAUAUUUUGAUUUGAUUGUUCCUUAAAUAUCCCAAACAAUUUACUGUUAACACUACCUAACUGAAAUGAUGAGUGUUAAAUUUAAUAUCCAAGGAUCACGAAUUACUCUAUUUUGGGGGUGAAUAUUAGGCUCCCAUAGAAACUAUCACAACAAAUUGUAGAUGACAAACAUCUUGUGAUGAACUAACUAUAUAAAAAAGUAACAAUAAAAAUAAAAGUCAGCAAUCUUUCCAGGAAAGAAUCAUGAUUAUGCAAUAUCCCAAACACUCUAAUAUUAAAUAUAUUAGGAAUAAUUCUAGAAAAUUAAAUAACUAAAAUCUCAUGUAAAAUACAAGAAAUCUUGAAAGAUUUGAUGAUCCUACAAGAUGAUAGAUAUUUGAAAUUUAUUGAAAACUGUAUUUUAGAAGUUGUGGCAACAUGAUUACUGACAAGCUCCAAGGUAAUUCCUGAUCAUUUUUGUUAAUCAGCAAUUUAUCUUAGGUUCUUUGCUCUCUUUAACUUAAAAUGUACACAUAUAUAAUAUGAAAGCAAAGUAUUGUUCUAUCAUCAAGCUGGUAGUCCUUAUUACUCUGAGUUACCCAGAAUCUUUCCAUGUUGUACAUUCACAGCUGAUCUACUAUUCUUCUAGUUGUAUCACGUAGUUCUCAUUACACAAUAAAAAUAGGUUAUUUUUUUUUUUGACAGAAACCAUCUUUUCAAAUGUAGGCCAGAAUAGGUUAAUCAAAUUUAAUAAAAUACUACAGGAUUUUAUUAAAUCCUCUUUAUUGGCAAAGAUUUUCUAUGGUUUUCACAUUUUUUGUGUGAUUAUGUGGGGCCAAGGAGAACACAAAAAAUUAAGUAUUAUAUAAAUAUAUAAAUUUAUUUCCUAGCAAAAUAAAAAAAACUUCUGGUACAUGAGAUUAACCUGAAAUUGUUAGGACAAUAGUUGGAUAGUUGCCUAGAUAUAUUUGAUAUUCUAAUAAAAUGAAUGAAUUAAAGAUUUUGAAUUGGGCUGCAUAAGAGAAAUGCAGGUAGUCCUCGACUUAUGACCAAAAUUGGGAUCGGAAUUUCCAUUGCUAAGCAAGGAGGUUAAGUGAGUUACACCCAAUUUUACAAUCUUUUUUGCUCCAGUUGUUAAGGGAAUCAUGCAGCGUUAAGCAAAUCCAGUUUCCCCCAUUGACUUUGCUUGUUGGAAGCCAGCUGGGCAGGUCACAAAUGGUGAUCCUGCAAUCCCAGAACACUGCAACCAUCAUUAAAGUCAUACUGGCUGCCAGGAGUCUUUGGUCACAUGACCAUGGGGAUACUGAGGCAGUCAAAAGGGAAAGGAUUCAGUCAUAAGUCACUUUUUUCAGUCUCUUUGAAGAGUCCUAAAAUGAAUGGUUGUAACUUGAGGUCUAUCUGUAGUCAGCAGUCAUAUAUAGAUAAUGUUUUACUAAUUUGUACUAAAAAAAUGUUUACUUCAAAAUUCCAUACUUCAAACUGAAAAAUGAAUAGACAGUUGUAACAUUUUCCAUUUUUCUGAUCCGUUACCACCCGUCAUAAUUAUAUUAUGCUUAUAUUCACAAUAUAAAUGUCAGAACUGAUUUAAAUAGCUUAUUUCUGUGAAGGCAAAGCCUACUGAAGAAGAAAUUGUAUAAAUUAAAAUCUGUUACUUCCCUUCUCCAUUUUUCUUUAUUGAUGGGCUUAUAUCUAUUUAUAAUUAUCCCUCAGAGAUUGCUUAUCAGCAUAUGCUAUGUAAUUCAAAAUCAGCUCCAGUGUAAGGUCCCAUAAAUUAAAAAACAAAUCCAUUCGUAGGAAUAUGGUCAUCUGGCUGGAAUUUUAUUAAACUGAGGCUCUCUUCUCUACCUUAAAUUGUUUUGUAAUGUAAACCCUAGUUAAUCCUUUGCCAAAGCACAGAUUCUUUCAGCAGUUUGGCUGCUUUGAAGGCUUUCACGGUAGGUCUCUGUAUAAGAAGUUUUCAAAAUAUUUGUCCUGAGCAGCUUCAAUACAGAAGGUUAUUUAGCUUGUACUGGCCCACUUUGUGAAGUGAUUGUUUUUUAAUGCUUUGCACAAAUGUGUGCCUAAUUGGUUUGAAAAUAUGACAAAGCUAUUCCACAAGCCAAACGUUCCAUGAUUGCAUGCUUUCAAAAGAAAAAUACACCCCAGGAGGGGGAAAAAAAAAAAGACUUGGAUUACUGUACUGAUUCUGAAAGCACAUCUGAUCAUCACAUGAUGUGUGUCAAAGUUAAAUGAACUUGCUAAAACUUAUUUGAAAGUUACAUUGUUAUUUGCAAUCCUAUGAUUUCCCUUUCUUGUUUCCAAGGUCAAUUCUUCCCAAAAGUGGGAAACAUAAAAAAACACUAUCAGCAGACUUAGAUCUGGCAGCCAGCACAAUUUCCAGUCAAUAAGAGAAUUAGAUAAAUUCUAGUUGGGUGAGAUGAAUCCUAUGAAUCUUGGUGGGUCAGAAUCCUAUCCUACCAGUCACAAGGAAGGAACGUCAAGCAAAUGUCUUUUUGCAGUUCCAUGCUAUUCACAAGCGAAACAUAUGAAAUCUUAAGACAUUUCACCUUAAGACAAAAGCGAAAAAAAUAGGAAACCUGACUUUGUAUCACAAUGCUGUGAUCUGCACUAAGCUUCAAAGCCUAUUGGCAUGUAUAGAACUGUACACUUUUUAAAUGCAUGAAGAUAUGAUAAAUAAUUAAAAUGCACGGCCAUUUUAAUGACUAUGGAUUGGAUACAAAAGUACUUGAUUUGGCUGAAUCCAUAGGAAAAAGCCACAUAUAUACAGCCCAAUUCUUUUUGCCAAUGUCUAUUUUUCAAAAUCUAAUCUGGAAGACUGGGGAAAUCCUAAACCUUUCAUGAGAGCUGCUAUAGAAAUUAGGUACUCAGCUUUCCCACCAGCAAGAACCCUUUGCUGGAACCUGCUGCUGUCAAGAACAAUAAUAAUUUGCUUAUACAGAGAUGACUAUAUUCAAAUUAAGACAAUGACGUUCACAUUUUAGAUUUUGCUCCUAACUGAAGACUUUUUUUUGCAUUCCAUAAAUGAAGAUAUUGCAAAAAAAAGCUUUGUAGAUAUAGAUUUGUAAGAAAAUUAUUGUACUUUUUUUUCUUGACUUUCUUCUGUGUUUUAAAUCUUGCUUUCUGACGGCUGUGCUCACCUAGAAACUCAUCCAGACCAAAGAUAGAAAAAAAAUCAUAAUAUGGUAAAAACAGGAGGAACAAAUGAAAAUCAAAUGCAUGAAGUAGGAUUGAAGAAAGCCGAGCUUCCUGGAACUGGAUUUAGAAUACAGAGUAAAGCCAUUGUGUGUUAAAAUAAUAUUUUUAAAAAUGAUAAGGCUUCAUCCUUUGAUUAUACUCGGAAACUGCUUAUUGCUGCAGUGAUGAUUUUAUCUUGCACUAUAAAUGAGAAAACAGUGGUAAUGAAAGAGAAGAUAAAUAGGCUUUCUCUCUGCAAGUAGACAAUGUGUUUGGGAAAACAAGUCAAAAUAAUUGUUGGCUUUUUUCCUACUAUCUUUUACAUAACUUUUUCUUAAAAAAAAAAUACAGGUCACCAAAAGUCUGGAUGCUUACGAGGAAAAAAAUUGCAUAGUUGUUUAGUUUUCUUUAUUGUGUUCCUGAACCUGCAAUGGUACCUGGCAAUGAUUUGAAAAGGAAGCACAACUUUAAGUUCUUUAAGUUACCUUCUUAUGUCAUUAUGUCAUCAUGCUGGCUCCCCUAAUGGAUAACCAUUUGUAAAUGAAAAAGGCAAUAAUUCUUUUUCUGCUUGUUUUCCUGUUACAUAAUAUUCACCUGCAGUUUAUGGAUUAUUAAACUCAUAAAAAUGUU